CUUAGUAUAAUUUGCCUAAUUUCAUACACUGAUUUACAUGUAAGAGUACAUUGCUAUGACAACUUUUAAAUCUUGCUAAAUUCUGUUCUUACUAUUUCCAUUUUUCUUUUCUUGCUGUACUUUGUAAAGUGUCCUGUAGUCUGGGAUCUCCUCCCCACACAAGGACCUUAAAUCAUAUAUAUACAAAGCCAAGAGUUUAUUGUUAGUAUGGCUGAAAUCUUAACUUUAAGAGUCAUUAUUAGUCCAGACCUAAUUAUUACAGGAAAAAUACUUCUGCACAGAAAGAACUGCAAUAAUAAUAAUAAUAAUAAUAAUAAUGAAAAAAAAACCAACAAUACAGUUAAGUCUCUCAUACUCACAGUUCCAGUUCUUGCCCCUUUCCUGGUGUUGCACUCACCCUGCCACUUCUCAGGGUCCUAAUGUUGCUGCCUUCAGUGUGGUGGUAGGGGUGCCAAGGCUGCUCACCAGCACAUGAGGUCUUUUGGCUGGGAGGGAUGUGAUGAUGGCUGCACCGUUCUUGCUCCAGGAUCCACUUGGGAUCCUUUUUAUGUUUGCCAACAGACAUUCACACCUGGCUGCUUCACCACUGGUUUGCAACCCAGCAUAUUCAAAUUUGCUGAUGGUGGAACCUCAUUCUUUGUUCUGUUAUGCUUGAAAAGGUGGUUUUGUCUAACUCUAGGCCUGUGUUUUUACUGGAAAACAAUGGUUGGUAUGUUUGUAGCUAUGGGGUUUCCAGUGGCAAGCCUGUGCCUCAUCUUUUGUCAUCUUAUUCCUGUACUCCUCCCCACUGCACCCUGUGCCUCCUCCUCUCAAGGACUCUGCAACCACCCCAGGUCUGUGUUUUCUCCACGUGACAUCAUUUAUAUUGGUUAUAUCUUCUUCUGCACAGAACAAUGACCUGUCUGUGUACAGGACAAUUACAGUGAUACCAUACAAGGGUAAGCAAAAGUAAAACCAAAUCAUCCAUGACCAUGUGGUCAGAAGAGAAAAUGCUGUUAUAGCUAAGCCAAGUUAAAAGAAAACUUGCAGGUAGGUCAGCAAAUGUUCUGCCAAAGCAGGCAGGGCGUGACUCAGUGCUGAGGCCACAGAGCUGGGCCUCACGUGGGCUGUCCCCAGCAGCAGCAGAACCUGACACAGGGCUACAGGCCACUGUCUCACCAGCAGGAUGCACUGAGUGCUGUAAUUCUGCUGUGUCACAUUCCAGCUCCAGUUGCAGCCUGACAAAAAUAAGGUACAGGUGUCGAGCAGCAACAUCUGGGAUCUUAAUUACUGCUCCUACAAUAAAAGAACCCAGCCUGGUGUUUCGGUCUUGCUCCAAGCUGUCUGGGCAGAUGUUUGAGUGGAAAAAUAGCGUGCUGGUGAGAUCAGCCUGUUCAAUCCAGGCAAGUGAGAAGAGCGCUCGUUAUUAAAAUGAAAGGCAAAAUGAGGCGAUUCCUCUGCCUGUCAAAUAACUGGGUAAAUCUUCUCAAAGUCUUUGCUACAUGUGCUUUUUUAGAUUUGGUUAUCUCUGUCCUACGAGAGUAAAAUAUUCUUGGCAGUGGAAAUGCUGCUCUCACAAAUACCAAGUGCCAAGCUUUUAAAAAUUAGUACAAUGUAGAGAACAUGAUUUUAUAAAAGGGUUGUUGAAAUAGCCCAAGUUUCAGACAAGCCUUCUUUUCUAAAUAAUACUUUGUCUAUUUUCAGGAGCUAUGCCUGGUUCUCACUGGAAGCACCUCGAGGCCAGGAACCUCAGCAGCUACAGCUGUACUCUGUAUCCAGGGGUGGGAAGCAGCAGUCUGGGCUUGCCUCCAGCCAGGAGGGGCCGAGGCACAGCUUGGCAGGCAGAACAUGGUGGUUUGUGCUUUGCCAGAGGCCUCUCAAGCAACUCGGACCAAGUGUCCUUUCACGUUCCCCACCCCGGGGCACUCCAGAAAGUCUGUCCAAGUUAAUGAAAGACAGGCUGCACAAGCUGAAGCUUCAUUAAACCUGCAGCACGGCUGCUAAGACCAUGCUUUAGUUUAAUUCACAAAUGGGAUUGAGUCAAGCGUUUACCAGCUCUCCCUGACCCCAAUCCCCAAAGGCUGGCUGUGUUUGAGCUCUGAGCUUAAACGUCUCUGCAAUCCUGCUUCUAGGCCAGGCUGGAAAACGAGGACACUCAUGUUUCCCCGUGGUAAUGGCCAGACCCUUACGUGAGGCAAGAGCUCACAGCUAGCCUGUGCCCUGCUUUCAGCUGGGAUGGAGUUAAUUUCUUCUUUCUGCCUGUUACAGUGCUGUGUUUCGGACUUGGAAUGAGAAUAGUGCUGACAACACACCGAUGUUUUGGGUUUUGCUACGUCAUGUUUAUCCUAAGUCAGUUAGUUUUUAAUUCUAUUUUUUUGUGUCAUACUCUGAUUUGGUGAGAAGGUGCACAAAGGAAACUGAGGGAGCAUAGCUGGGAUGGAUGACCUGAACUGGCCAAAGGGAUAUUCCACACCAGAGAACAUCAUGCCUGAGCACGUGUGGGAUACAGGCAGAAUCUGAGGAACACUGAACAUAUUCACAGCUCUCUGUGCAAAGGAAGUGUGCAAUCAGACUGUUCAUCAUCAUGUCAUCAGGUUCUCCUUUAUGCUCACAGCUGAUUCCAAUGGAUAGUGCCAUUUUCGAAGGCAAUGCUGCCAAGGACGACGAGGUGUUCAAGCAGGCGGUGUCAGAUCUGAACCUCAAUGACGACAUCCUCCAGAGCGAGAAAAUCACUUACUCCAUCAAGCUCAUAGAGGCCAACAAUCCCUUCCAUGCGGUGCAGGAAGCCUGCGACCUGAUGACCCUGGGGAUCUUAGCCCUGGUGACGUCGACGGGCUGCGCGUCGGCCAACGCGCUGCAGUCGCUGACGGACGCCAUGCACAUCCCGCACCUGUUCGUGCAGCGCAGCACGGGCGGCUCCCCGCGCACGGCCUGCCAGCUCAACCCCAGCCUGGAGGAUGAGGAGUACACCCUGGCCGCGCGCCCGCCCGUGCGCCUCAACGAUGUCAUGCUCAAGCUGGUCACCGAGCUGCGCUGGCAGAAGUUCAUCGUCUUCUACGACAGCGAUUAUGAUAUACGUGGACUGCAGGGAUUUCUCGAUCAGGCCUCCAGACUGGGACUUGAUGUAUCCUUACAAAAAGUGGACAGGAAUAUCAGCAGAGUAUUUUCCAACCUUUUUACCACCAUGAAAACGGAAGAGCUGAACCGCUAUCGGGACACGUUGCGAAGGGCCAUCUUACUCCUGAGCCCACGGGGAGCCCAGACUUUUAUUAAUGAGGCUGUGGAAACCAACCUUGCAUCAAAGGAUAGUCACUGGGUCUAUGUAAAUGAGGAAAUCACUGAUAAUGAAAUAUUAGAGUUGGUGCAUAGUGCUCUGGGGAGGAUGACAGUAAUCCGGCAAAUUUUCCCUCUGUCAAGGGACAACAACCAGAGGUGCAUGAGAAACAACCACCGGAUAUCAUCCCUGCUGUGUGAUCCACAGGAAGGCUAUCUUCAGAUGCUGCAGGUUUCCAACCUGUACCUGUAUGACAGUGUGCUCAUGCUGGCCAAUGCUUUCCACAGAAAACUGGAGGACAGGAAGUGGCACAGCAUGGCAAGUCUGAACUGCAUGAGGAAAUCCACCAAACCUUGGAACGGAGGAAGAUCUAUGCUAGAGACUAUUAAGAAGGGCCACAUAACUGGGCUAACUGGUGUUAUGGAGUUCAGAGAAGAUGGAGCCAACCCCUAUGUCCAAUUUGAAAUACUGGGCACCAGCUACAGUGAAACAUUCGGCAAAGAUGUGCGGAGGUUGGCGACAUGGGACUCUGAGAAAGGACUGAAUGGCAGCCUCCAAGAGCGACGUCUGGGCAACGACUUACAAGGAGUGACACUCAAAGUGGUGACUGUCUUGGAAGAACCUUUUGUAAUGGUGGCAGAGAACAUCCUUGGGCAACCGAAACGAUACAAAGGAUUUUCCAUUGAUGUCCUGGAUGCACUGGCCAAGAAUCUGGGCUUCAAGUAUGAGAUAUAUCAAGCUCCUGAUGGCAAGUAUGGACACCAGCUCCAAAACAGCUCCUGGAAUGGCAUGAUUGGAGAACUCAUUAACAAGAGAGCAGACCUGGCCAUCUCAGCCAUCACUAUAACACCCGAGCGGGAGAGCGUGGUGGACUUCAGCAAGCGCUACAUGGACUAUUCUGUGGGGAUCUUAAUCAAGAAGCCCGAGGAGAAAAUCAACAUCUUCUCUCUCUUCGCUCCUUUCGACUUCGCGGUGUGGGCGUGCAUCGCCGCAGCCAUCCCGAUCGUCGGGGUGCUGAUCUUCGUGCUGAACCGGAUCCAGGCCGUGAGGGCGCAGAGCGCGGCGCAGCCCAGCCCGUCCGUGUCCUCCACCCUGCACAGCGCCAUAUGGGUGGUGUACGGCGCCUUCGUCCAGCAAGGGGGUGAGUCCACUGUCAAUUCUGUGGCGAUGCGCAUUGUAAUGGGAAGCUGGUGGCUCUUCACCCUUAUUGUGUGUUCUUCCUACACAGCGAAUUUAGCCGCAUUUCUCACAGUAUCAAGGAUGGAUAAUCCCAUAAGAACAUUUCAGGAUCUGUCCAAACAAAUGGAUAUAUCUUAUGGUACAGUCAGGGACUCAGCAGUGUAUGAAUACUUUAAAGCAAAAGGGACCAACCCUUUGGAGCAGGAUAACACAUUUGCUGAACUGUGGAGGACUAUCAGUAAGAAUAAUGGGGCAGAUAAUUGCGUAUCAAACCCUUCUGAAGGCAUCAGGAAGGCAAAGAAAGGAAAUUAUGCUUUCCUGUGGGAUGUGACAGUGGUGGAAUAUGCUGCGCUGACAGAUGAUGAAUGCUCUGUGACAGUCAUUGGAAACAGCAUCAGCAGCAAAGGCUAUGGGAUAGCACUCCAGCAUGGAAGUCCCUACAGAGAUCUUUUCUCCCAGAGGAUCCUAGAGUUGCAAGAAAGUGGAGAUUUGGAUGUUCUUAAACAGAAGUGGUGGCCACGGAUGGGACGCUGUGACCUGAAUAGCCAUACCAAUGCACAGACAGAUGGGAAGGCACUCAAGCUGCACAGUUUUGCAGGGGUUUUCUGCAUUUUAGCAAUAGGCCUUCUUCUUGCUUGCUUGGUGGCAGCAUUGGAGUUGUGGUGGAACAGCAACCGUUGUCAUCAAGAAACGCCGAAAGAGGACAAGGAAGUGAAUCUGGAGCAGGUGCACAGACGCAUGAACAGUUUAAUUGAUGAAGACAUAGCCCACAAGCAGAUCUCUCCAGCGUCCAUCGAGAUCUCAGCGCUGGAGAUCGGUGGCAUGCAGCCAGCGCAGACCCUGGAGCCGGUGCGCGAGUACCAGAACACGCAACUUUCUGUCACCACCUUUUUACCAGAACAGACAACUCAUGGUGCCAGCAGGACACUCACAGCUGCCUCGGGCAGCAACCUGCCGCUGCCCCUGAGCAGCUCAGCCACCAUGCCCUCCAUACAGUGCAAACACAGGUCACCCAACGGAGGACUAUUCCGGCAGAGCCCCGUGAAAACCCCCAUCCCAAUGUCAUUCCAGUCCGUGCCAGGGGGAGUCAUUCCAGAAGCAAUGGAGCCUUCGCAUGGAACAUCCAUAUGACGAAAACAAACAGUACAAACAACCAGCAGAGAUUUUUAAUACAAAAUUUAAAAGAAACAAAAAAAAAAAGAAAAAGAAAAAAAACUCUUACAUUUUUCUUGUAUAUACUUGUAAAUAAUGAAAGAAUGAAGUGGGGUAAAAGUGUAUUUUGAAUAUUCCCAAUUUUCGAAGUAAGUAAAAAACAAAACAAAAAACAAACAAAAAUGUAUGAAUGACUUUGUAAAUUUUGUUCUAUAUGAAUAAAAAGGCAAACUA